UUCCUCUGUCUCUCUCUGUGCUGGAGAUACAGGGGGAGAGCGGGAGGCUCUGGCUGACACAACCAGAGCCGAGUGUGGUGGAGCCGAAUCCCCCCUCCUCUCCCCUCCCCUCCCCUCCCCUCCCUGCCUGGCUCGCCCACCCCUCCUUUGGAGUGCUAGCCUCCAUGAAUUUACCGAGCGGCGCUCUGUGGGGAUGAUGCUCGGCUCUUGACGCCGCUGAGCACGCGUUGCUGACUGGAAUUUGUACAAUUUAAUCCUCUGACCCCCCUCCCCUCUGGUUGUAUGAUGGGGAAAGAGCAGGAACUUCUGGACGCCGCUCGCAUUGGGAAUGUAGCGGUGGUGGAAAAAUUGCUAAGUGGCAAAAAGGGAUUACUAGGAAGUGGAUCGAGCUCCAUUCCACUGUCCAGCUUGCUGAGCAUUUGGCGAGGGCCCAACGUCAACUGUACAGACACUUCUGGUUAUACAGCCUUACAUCAUGCUGCUUUGAAUGGACACAAGGAUGUUGUUCUGAAGCUCCUUCAGUAUGAAGCCUCCACCAAUGUGGCAGAUAACAAGGGUUGCUUUCCACUCCAUUUGGCUGCUUGGAAGGGAGACAUGGAUAUUGUGAAAAUUCUAAUCCACCAUGGGCCAUCCCAUUCACGAGUGAAUGAACAGAACAAUGAGAAUGAAACCGCGUUGCAUUGUGCAGCCCAAUACGGACACUCUGACGUGGUCGCUGUCCUCUUGGAGGAGCUGACUGAUCCCACGAUACGGAACAACAAAUUUGAAACCCCCCUCGACUUAGCUGCACUCUAUGGCCGUUUGCAGGUGGUCAAGAUGUUAAUAAAUGCGCAUCCAAAUUUGAUGAGCUGCAGUACCAAAAAGCACACUCCUUUACAUCUCGCUGCACGCAAUGGACACAAGGCUGUGGUCCAGGUUUUGUUGGAGGCUGGCAUGGAUGUGAACUGUCAGACAGAGAAGGGGAGUGCCCUGCAUGAAGCUGCUUUGUUUGGGAAGCUGGAUGUUGUUCGAAUUCUACUAGAAGCAGGAAUUGAUGCAAGUAUUAAGGACACCCAGGAAUGGACUGCGUUAGACAUUCUGAAAGAUCACCCAUCCCAGAAAUCACAGCAAAUCACUGCUCUCAUACAAGAUUACAUGAUGCAGAAGAUGGACAUAAAGGGAACAGAAGAACCGGGGAAGCUAUGUCCAGUUCCAACCCCUCGGGCCUCAGUUUCAUCACCAGCAGCCUCACCUUCUCAUAAAGUCAAAGGUGAAGCACUAACCGGGGAGCUGUCAAAGCUUUUGUUGGAAAUCCGAGAGAGCCAGGAUAAAGAUUUUGACGAUCUCUGCCAAGCAGUGUCCUCAUGCUCCAUGGAGAGUUUUACCAGUACAAAGAUUUCUGAUGAUGAUGUUGCCAAGUGUGAAAACCAGCCAAAACAUUCCAAGCGAGACCGUCCAUCUCCUCCAAUAAACACGCCCCAGACAGAUGAGGAAGAAGGAGAGAAAAGCUGUGGGCCCACGAGACUAUGGGAAGCGUUCACUCCCUGCAAUGGCUGCCGACCGCUUGGCUUUCCAAUUUUGACACAGGAAUCAGAAACAAAGGCAGAUGACCAGACUCUGGACAUAAGGCUGUCUCCAUCCCUAGACAGUUUCCCUCCAGAAGAAGAGAACAGUCCUUAUGAAUUCCUGGCUGUUACAAAGAAACCCCGUUCACUGGAAAUAUCCAGAGUGUCUUCAGGAAUAACAGAGGUUGCCCCACAAGUAACCGUUACGGCACCAGAGGGUAGUCAUCAUAGGAAAAGUAGAGGUCCCACCCCGGAUUGCUCACCACCGUCCCCAGAUACAGCACUGAAAAAUAUUGAAAAAGUUAUCCGACCUCAGCCAAAACAACGGACUUCACUGAUUUCCUCGCAGGAAGUAUAUAGGCCGAGCCAUGUGUAUGAUCAGUCAGAGGUCAGUUCAUCUGCAGGCUAUGCCAGUGUUAAUACUACACCUCCUAUUAGCCCUGCCAACUACUCCAUUGGAUCAAUAGAAGGCAGUGACCUCAUAGAGGAGAGUCUUUGCCAACGUGAAGCCUCUGCGGAAGAGGAACUCCAUGAUGGACACAUCCCUGAGCAGUUUGCAGGUUUGCUACAUGGCUCUUCCCCAGCCUGUGAGUCUCCAGAGAACCCUUAUCAUCUGUACACGAAAGCAAAUAAGGAGUUCAGCAGUGACAAUGCCUUGAGAAUCAAAGGGACAACCCGGGAGCCAAAUUUAAUUAAAGCAAAUUCACUACAAUGCACAGAUGAAACAAAUGAGACACAGCGGCUGCAAGCUGUCAGUGACGCAUCAAUAUUAAACAGAAACGGCAAACCACAAGUUCUUCAUAAAACCAUUUUACACACAAAAGUGAACCAGAAUGACAGUGAUACAUUAGUCAACUCCAGAACUUUUCGGAGUAAUGAUCGUUGGAUAAGUGGCACAGGAGAAAAGCUUGGCUUUGAGGAUAGGGCAUGCACUUUAGGAAGGGUAAGAUCAGGAGGAAAGACUCUUCUUGAGUUACAAUUAGCCAGAAACAUUUCAAAGUCGGACUCCAACCUUAUUACUUGUUCCCCUAUUGAGGAAGAAUCGAGGAGCAGUCGCUGUGAGUCUGUAACAAACUAUUUUAAAGAAAGCAAGCAGUGCAGCGGAAAAUGUCUGGAACGUACACCUUCUUUCACAGCUGAAUGGGAAGAGAUUGAUAAAAUCAUGAGCUCUAUAGGAGCUGGAAUCAAUACCGGCCUGAAAGGAAAGCAUGAUGAUGUUUCAGGACCCAGAGUUGUAUUUCAGACUGUGGGACGGUGGCUGGAGAGCAUAGGACUUCCCCAGUAUGAGAACCACCUGCUGGCAAAUGGAUUUGACAACAUCCAAUUCAUGGGAAGCAAUGUUGUGGAAGACCAGGAUUUGUUGGAGAUUGGCAUCCUUAAUUCUUCACACAGACAGCGAAUUUUACAAGCAGUUCGUGGCCUUCCUCGGGUUAAAGUUAUUGGUUAUGAUACGAACAGUCCAACGUCUGUCGCUGACUGGUUAGAUUCUUUGGAGCUGAACGACUACAUCAAGACCUUCCUGGCAAAUGGUUAUACCUCAAUGGACCUCGUGAAAAAGCUGUGGGAAAUCGAACUCAUUAAUGUGUUGAAAAUUAACCUUCUGGGUCACAGAAAACGAAUCUUAGCAUCACUUGGAGACAGACUUCACGACGAGCCUCCUCAGAAGCCUCCGCGUACAAUUACUUUGAGGGUCAGUUGUCCUGAAUCCCGCAAUGCCAUCUUGCAAGAUGAUGUAUAUAUCGUAUCUUGGAUGGACCCUGGGAACAACACUCCUCCUCAACUUUCCCCAUCCCUUAGCCAAAGCACUUACACUGGUGGCUCUCUUGAUAUCCCCUCUUCCCAUUUAAUGAUGCAAGGGGACGCAAGAAGGCGAAUCAAUGACAGCUACUUUGAGGAUAUGCCUAGGUCAAAACUGGAAAGACAAAUGGCUCAGCAGGCAGAAUGGAGUGAGCCUUCAAUCACUCUACGGCCUCCAAAUGAAGCCACGUCAUCUACGCCUGUACAGUAUUGGCAACAUCAUCCUGAAAAACUGAUCUUUCAGUCCUGUGACUAUGAAGCAUAUUAUUUAGGAUCUAUGCUGGUGAAGGAAUUGCGAGGAACAGAGUCAACACAGGAUGCCUGCUCUAAGAUGCGGGCUUCAGAGCAAAUGAAGAAAAUUCCUACAAUUAUACUUUCAAUCUCAUAUAAAGGUGUAAAGUUCAUCGAUGCUGCAAAUAAGAAUAUCAUCACAGAACAUGAAAUUCGGAACAUUUCUUGCGCUGCUCAAGACCCUGAGGAUCUUUCUACUUUUGCUUACAUCACCAAAGACUUAAAGUCGAGUUACCACUACUGUCAUGUAUUCAGCGCGUUUGAUGUGAAUUUAGCCUAUGAGAUCAUUUUAACACUUGGACAAGCUUUCGAAGUGGCUUAUCAGUUGGCCCUACAAGCCAGGAAAGGUGGCCACGGCCCGCCCACAAUGCAAGAUAGCCUUGAAAGUAAAGCUGGCAAACCCAUUCCAAAGCCGCGAGCAAGUAUCCGGAAAUCUGUGAUCGGGUCCGGAGCUACAUCAGGAACAGGGAGAUCAACUGGUUCACGGGACAGUGGCAAUAAAAUACAGCCUUUCCCGAUGCUUCAAUAUUUCAAGAACACGGCACUCUAGCCCUGCUCUCUUGUGCGUGAUUCGUGGUACCUGGGAUCACCCCCCGGAGUCAGUCACAGAGAACGGAGCACCGAAGCCAUGCCAAAUCGACAGCAGGAUCCUAGACAAGUCCUCCAAUUAAAUCUGACCCAAAGUUAGGGCCGCUUGUCCCCACCCUCCAUCCUCCCAAAAGCUGGUCAGAUAAGCCACCAUUCCCAUUGCAACCUGACAAAAUCCCAGCCAUUCGGAGACUUAAUAACUUCUUUUUUGAUUUAAGGAGGUUUGAAUUUGAUUGGAUGUGUGUGGUGUUAAAAUCCCUCCCGGAAUAUUUUUCUGUCAGGCAGUUGAUGCUGGUUCCAUUGCACUCCUGACUAUUCCGGGAGGCCGGCAAUCCUCGUUGGUUUCCGGUGUGUGGAAACUGACCUGAGUGCCAAAUUGAAUUUCCCUGGCGAGCAUUAAAGCUGCUCUAUCUGCUUUUCCUCUUCAAAAUUGAAUCUGACAAUCCACUUAUCUUAGCGGGGAUUGCCAUUUGGCAAGUGCUAUAGGGUAAUGCACGUUGAGUGCUGCAAUAGAGGAUAUUGGGGAAAAUAGUAGAAUCAUUUUUUUUCCCGAUUUCAUUUCAACCCUGUCCUCUUCCAAUCAACCCCCAAUGCUCCCAAUAUUUUGGUGAGUGGAGAAGAUAGGAUGAAUUUUAGGUUGUCUACCUUUCCAUUCUGGGGAGUUGAGAGAGAGUGCUGACCAUCAGUAUUGCAGUAAUAGGUGUCGUGGAAUUGUUUCCUUGGUUCUAUUUGAUAGAUUGACAGCUGGGCAUUGUUAUUCUGCCAGGGCAUGUGUGAUAGUUGGGGAAAAGUCCAGGGCAGCUCUGGACCUAAGUUAUGGGGGUAGGAAUAGGGGACACUGUGCAUAAUAUCAUUGACAACGCUGUUGUGCUAUUGUCACAAUACAAACUCUCAGUUUUGUUAUGAGAAAAUGUUUAGUUGUGCAUACUUUCCAGUAUGCUAAUCUCCAAAACAUCUGGAGACAAGUUUAUAGCAAAGGCAUUGGUGAGGCCAAAUUUUGCCACAGAAUAUGGCAAGACUGAAGAUGGCAGGACCUCACUUUAUUGAGAAUCUGCACCUUCUGCCUUGUGGGCAACUGAAUGGGCACUGCAGCUAGCCCCCAGGAUGAAACACUAGCAGUAGAAGGCUGCAGUGUGUAGGUUACUCCCUGGUCAUCCGGGGUUGGGAAGGGGGAUGUUGUCCAUCAUUGAUAUGGCACAGAAAUGCCUUCAGCUUGGAGGUGGGAGGAAAGUUGGAGAUCAGGGCCAGGGGAAUUCUGAAGACUUGAGGAGCAUGGGAAGAGUCCAGAGGAACCUGUGAUCAUAGAAUUGGUGCCUGCUGCCUCAUGUUGCCAGAUCAGUGUAGGGUCAGUCCUUCUCAAACAAGAUUCCCAGAUGAAAUGGAGUACCUAAUUCAUCUGAAACAUGUUAGGAAGCAUGCUGCCUUUCCAAGAUGAAAGCCUGAUCUUCACUGUUAUUCUGCAUAUGCGAGCUAAAUGAGCCAGGGUACAAUUUAUAACUGCAUCCUCAGACCCUCUCUCAGUAGUUGCAGGGUGGGGUGGGGGGUGAAGAUUUCACAUUGAGGCCAUAAUUAUUUAUUCAUUUUGCUCACCAGUCUUCCUCCUUCCUUCAUGAAAGCAUCCCCAAGUUGGGCAGCAGUCUCUCUCCAGUAGCUUUCCACUUAUCCAUGUCUAAGCUUAUUUUUAAGCUUCAUUACAGAAACAAUGAGGUCUCGCCAUUGGGUGGAGUGAGAUGGCACAGAAAGCAGACUCCCAUUGGCUGUGUUUAGUCAUAGUAUAUAUGAACUAACACCCCUUCUCACCCUAACCAAUACCAAAACAGCUAGUGCAGCUGAUAGCCUAACAAAUUGGUAAAUUAUUUUGUGAUGUUGUUAGGAUAAAAUUGUAUUAUCAAAUGUAUUUAGCACUUUGAAACCUGUCCCUUGGACAUGAGAUAUUUGUUCAAACCAUUUUUCAGAGGUUUCCCUUGCCGCUUCUGUUAUAAGUUGAAGUGAACAAGGAUGUGGAAACUUCUGGUUCAGUAUUCACCAUAAAAGCAAUGGAAAACAUUCAAGUUGCCCGGUUGCAUGCCAAUACAAUUUGCAGUUUGGCUUUUACAUGCCUUACAGCACUGACAGGAUUACUUGUGGUGCUAAUGAGGAACUGUACAGUGACCAUGGGGGUCUUUGAGGUGCUGAGAACUUUACAGGGCUGCUGUGCCUCAACAAAUCCCAGUUGGAAGGACACCAGCAUUUGUGCAGAAAGCUAAGGUGUUCUUUUUUGAGGAAUACAUGUUUGUCGAGGAAAACAGAAUGUAAAAAUUCCAGAGCAAUUAAAAUGAAGCAGCUUUAUGCAGCAAGGGAAUUUGGUGUUAAUGUGUCUUUCUUGGACCAGGUAUAAAUUCAAGUUCAACCUCUUCUGCAAAAUUGGCACUUUUUAAAUGAAUAAAUAUCUGCUUGUUAAUUUUUUUCAGAAUGA